UUCUCUUUACUAUCACCUACGGAUUCCCCAGCUGUAUCGCACUAUGUCACACUCAAUUUCAGACAUACCUGCAUACUUCUCUGUUUAGCUAGUGUUCUCUCCUCCACACAUUUUCCCUCAAAUUCACUCUUUCCCUGCAUUCUUUUCUAUUUAGGCUUCUCUCCUCCCACAUUUUUCCUCACUCCAUUUCUCUAGUGUUAAAUACACCCAAUAGUGUUUUCAACUAACCAUUGCCGCUUCUGUCUUCUCUUUACUCUCUUGCAAUGGGCAAUGGUUGCUGCUCUGCGUUUUCUUCCUCGGAAAACGAGAUUGCAAUGGAUUUGGGGCGUCUUGAAGAAAUGGUGUCAGAUCUCACUCAUCUCGACCAAUUGAUUUCUGUCAUUGACGAACGUCUUCAAGCCAUCGCUGCUAAAAUUGAUAGAGUCCAACAGAACACGUCUACACAGCCAAUUGGUAGUUCCUCUACGCUUGAUUCUUGCAAAAACUUCGGCAAGGAUUUAGUGAUGAAGAUGUCGAAGCGUGCAGAGAGAAAUCGUUGCAUGGUGUGCUUCAAGUCUGCCUAUAAUCGUGAAACACGGAAAGUGGUUAUUGAGGUUCUGAAAGGCGCCACCCAGAUCCAGUUGUUGGGGGCAGGGAUAUGCGUGGUGGGGUAUUUGUUGGAUCAAAUCGAACUACUUUCCAAUAAUAGGGACCAAUGUAUUCAGAUAUUGAGAUUGUUAUGUGCUCUGGCAAGGCGCGUGAAGCAAUUAGAUCACCUUGUCCCUGUUGAAGAAAAGAGCCUUGAUGAAGCAGUUAAUUUCAUUUUUGACGGGUGUGUUCUGUGUCUCUCGCAAAUGAAAUCUCAUAGGUUCUACAGGAUUUUUCAAGCUUCAGCGGAUGCUGGGGAUCUCCAAAAACUUGAGUCACAGAUACGAAAUACCUAUGCAGAUCUCACCCUUGGGGCUGUGAUCGGAAACACUCCUUAUUUUCGUCCUCCAACACAGGGGCAAGAUCCUAAACCAGUUGGGAGAGAAGUCGCAAGAGAUAGAGUAAUUAAGCUUCUAACAAUGGAUCCAAUUGAUGAUUCAAAGAAAGCUGUUGUAAUUUACGGGUUUGGAGGAAUUGGGAAAACAACUAUGGCCUCUGCUGUCUUCAAGAAUCUCGAACUUCAGGGCUACAGAUUCUGCAGACUCGAUAUGGAUCAGAAUAUUUCCAACGACGGCAUCAAGCAGCUUCAGCAGCAGGUAUUGAGAGAGCUGUUUGACCAAGGGAACAUCAUGCUGAACAGUUAUGUGGAAGGUCAAAACCAGUUAACAGAGUUUUUCAGAAAACCUGGUGGUGAUCGCAUAUUCAUGUUUAUUGACAAUGCCCUUGAAGCAAAUAACCUUGCUAAGCUUUUGCCAAUUGAUUUAUCCUGCCUUCCCAAUGGGAUGAGGAUUCUUGUCACCACUAGAAAGCUUGACCAGACUGACAUGCUUGAUCGAAAAGAUUUAAAUUUUGAACGCAUUCCGUAUGAGGUAGACGUGCUUACCUCCUCGGCCUCCAAAAAACUUUUAUUUAAAAUAGCUCUAGGCAGUGCCAACGCAUCACUUCCCCCAGGCAUAAACGGCACAGAUGUGGAGGAAAUUGUGAAUAUGUGCGGUGGGAUUCCUUUACUUGUAGAGUUAGUUGGGCCCAAAUUUAAAAAAUAUUUGUCCAGGGCCUCAGAAUUUAAGUCUCUCAACGAAUUCCUCAAAGAUUUCGUAGCAGCUGGUAGAGACAUUGAACGUGUGGUCGAUGAAGUAUAUAAAAGCUUGGAUGAGCUUUCUAAGGAGGCCUUUUUAGACAUCGUGUGCUUUUUCGAUAAAGAUGCGGUACGAGAAGUCAGUGCGGCUGUUGGAAAGGUCCAACUUGAUGUGCUUCUGGAUGCGGCACUUGUGAAACUCUCUUUUGAUGACGAUGAUGAAAUUUUCUGGUCCAUUCUGUGGGGUUCUGAGGAGGAAAGGACGCAGUUUUUUCUCGGGGUAAGGAAGGUGAGAGUUCACGAUAUAAUAAAGGAAAGAGGAAGAUGGUUGUCCAAACAAGAUAGAAUAGUGGAGGUGGAAUCUUUGAAGGAUGCUCUACAAGAUACACAGAAAUUGCAGAAAAUAAAGGGGAUUGAAAUUUCCAAUUCCAAGGAUAGUGAUGUAUUAGAAAUUGAAGCAGAAAGGCUAGACAUUAUGCACUCUUCUUUGAGAGUUCUGAAAAUCGCCAAUUCCGUUAAACUGAAUGGAAUAUGCCAACGCAGUUUUGAAAGUCUUAAAUAUUUAGGUGUUGAUGGGGAUUGGCCUAUGCACCCCAAGCAACUCAAAAGACUGACUCUUUUAACGGGGCCAGAAGGAGCAAAUAGUGAGAAUGUUGAUAAGCUGCCGGCAUCUUUACAAAUAUUGUCUCUGAAAGAUUCUGCAAAUAUUCCUACAUUGCUUCAAAGUUUUGACACCCUAUCAUCUCUGGAAUACUUAGAGUUAAAAGGCUGCCAUGCACUGGUGGAGUUUCCAACAACCUUUGGCCAGUUACAGUCUCUAACUGAACUGGACCUAGAAGGAUGUAGUAAUCUCACUACACUUCCGGAGAACAUUAAAAACCUAUCUGCCUUUCAAAUCUUGAAUUUAGACAGUUGCACUAAAUUGGCCAGCCUUCCACCCACCUUCGGACAGCUCAAAUCUUUACAAUAUUUAAGUAUGAGCGGAUGCAGCGAGUUGACCCGGUUGCCAGACAACUUCCACAAUCUAUCCACUUUGCAAUUGCUCGACUUACAGGAAUGUGAGAAACUGGUUGAAUUACCUAUAAGCUUUGGUUCUCUAUCUGCUUUGAAGUAUCUGGAUUUGAGUAGUUGUUCCAGCUUAAAGUUCCUUCCAGAAUCAUUUGGGCAGCUCAAGUCUUUGAAAAUCCUCGACAUUAGUAGUUGCAAAAAUUUGAAGACGCUCACUGGUGGGUUUAGAUCCUUAACUUCACUUAUGGUAUUGAAAGCAUCAUGUUGCAAAUCAUUGGAUGAAGAGGCGGUGGACAUCUUAGUUGAGAUAAGAAGUUUAUUGUUCCUAACUAUAGAUAAAUCGCCGUCACUGAUUCAGCGGUGGACACAAAUAGGACAUUGCUACCCUUUGAUUGUGAUGCGUGCUGGGGAUGAUGAGGAGGAGUUCUUGCACACUGUUGAGCAUACGCUAUUUCAUGGUGGAAGCAGAUUUGUGGGCGUGGAUGGUGAUGGUGGACAAUUGGUAGACUGGUCUUGGUCUUGUUUUUCAGGGGAAGAAGAAGAAGAGGAAGUGGAAGUGGAAGUGAGUAUGUUGUUGACAAUGUGUGAUUUAUCUUUAGAUUGCAAUAACAGUGCUUUACAAAUAGUGAGGAAGGAAAUAGAAAGGAGAAUGGAGGAAAGCCGUAAUGGUGGGCAAAAGUUCCAGAUUGUAUAUGCAGAGGCAGGGGAUUCAGUGGACAGCCAGAGUGAAGAGCAUAUCCACCAAACUCUCAUGAAGCUUUUACCCAAUUGCACUUGCGCUUGCAUGCCUGUCGACAAUAGAACAAGCCGACUAUUUGCAUUUGCUCUCUAUAGAAGACUCCAACCUGAGUCGAGGUAUGUAAUUCAAUCGUUACACACAUGUAUUUUUAGAUUAAGAGUUGGAAUGCAGAGAGACAAAAAAUGGGCAGAAUUUCAAAGUGAAUGUUUUCCAAAUGAUUACGAAGAGGCAUUGAUAUAUCAGGGAGGUGGGUUCAACAAACUCUUCUCCACUCUGGAUUUCUAUCGUUUUCUUCGGUAAGGUAGAUAGACUGAAGUCUGAAUAAUCCGUCCUGAUUUUGCAACGGUGGGGAUGUUAAAAGCAUCAACAUUGGACUGUUUGAGAGAACUAUGUGUCUUUAUGUGUCUCUGUAGUUGGUAUUAUUAUGAGACUAAUGGAAUUUGUGCGAUUUAAAUCAUCAAUUUAUAUAGUUGGUUUAAAAAUACAGUUCCCCUUAAUUUAAGUGCUAAUAAUAAUGACAUAUUUAUUUCAUUGUAAUGGUAAAUAGAAAUUCUAUACCAUAUUAUUCUGAACUUGCUGUUUCAGAUAUUAUUCU